AUGCCAGGGCUGAUUGACCGGGUGACCCUCUCCCGGCUGCCCCUCAUUGCGUCCGAGGUGACAUCCUGCGUCAGCGGCUAUGCCUUUGGGAUGACAGCCCUGCUCACCUACCACAACCCAGACCCCCAGGCUUUGGAAGGUCUCUUUGUGUACCCCUUGGACGAGGGCACAACUGUCGUGGGCUUCGAGGCAGCCGUGUGGCGCACCGUGACAGUGCAGAUCAAAGACAAAGCCAAGAUGGAUGACACCUACUUCAACAGCUGCAGCCUCCCCCCUGGAAGAGCUGGUGAUGGAAGUGGUGAGGGGGUUGAGGGUGUUUUAGGGAGAAAAGGAGGGGAAGGGGAGCUUAUGAUGGAUGAGGACCUGGAGAAGAUUGUUUUUGUGGCCAACCUGGGCAUGAUUCCUCCCCUGGAAAGUGUCUCCAUCUUCAUCAGCACCUCUUCUGAGCUGCAGACACUGCCCAGCGGGGUGGUGAGGGUCCUUCUGCCAGCUGUGUGUGUCCCCAGGGUCCCCCAGCCCAGCCUGGAGAAUGCCAGCAGCUUUUCCAGCCACCAGCUCCAAAUGUACGGAAAACCACGGGAUGGGCUCUGGAGCAGGUUCUGCCUGACUCAGCUGCUGGACAGUGAGGCCACCAACCCCUUUGAGUAUGAAUUCAGCUUCCACCUGGAGAUCCGGGGGCCGUGUUUGCUGGCAGGAGUUGAGAGCCCCACACACGAGAUCCGAGCAGACGCCGACCCCUCGGCUCGCUCUGCCAAGAGCAUCGUGAUCACGCUGGCCAACAAACACACCUUCGACAGACCCGUGGAGAUCCUGAUCCAUCCAAGUGAGCCCCACAUGCCCCACGUCUUAAUGGAAGAGGGUGACAUGACCCCUGCAGAGUACGAACGACACCUGAAGGGGAAGAACGAUUUCAUUAAAGGCACUAAGAAAGACCCCAGUGCCAAGAAAAAGACGGAAAUCAUCAGGAAGAGGCUGAACAAGGACAUCCCCCACCACCCUGUCAUCAUGCUCAACUUCUGCCCUGACUUGAGGACUGUGCAGCCAGGCCUCCGGAAAGCCCAGGGCGAGUUCAUCUUCCUGGUAGAUCGCAGUAGGAGCAUGAGUGGUGUGAGCAUCAGCCGUGCCAAGGAUGCCCUGUUGGUCAUUCUCAAGAGCCUGAUGCCGGCGUGUCUCUUCAAUAUAAUUGGGUUUGGAUCCACCUUCAAGACCCUCUUUCCUGUCAGCCAGGCCUAUUGUGAGGAGAGCCUGCUCAUCGCCUGCCAGAGCAUCAGGAGGAUCCGGGCUGAUAUGGGCAGCAUCAACCUCCUGUCCCCCCUGAAGUGGCUCCUCCGCCAGCCCAUCCACAGGGGCCACCCCCGGCUGCUCUUUGUGCUGACAGCCGGGGCCAUCAGCAACACGGGGAAGGUUCUGGAGCUGCUGCGGGACCACUCCUGCUCCACCAGGUGCUACAGCUUCGGCCUCGGGCCAAACGCCUGCAGGAGGCUGGUGCGGGGUCUGGCUGCUGUAUCCAGGGGCGUCUCCGAGUUCCUGGAGGAGGGCGAGAGGCUGCAGCCCAAGAUGAUCAGGUCACUGAAGAAGGCGAUGGCUCCGGUCCUGAGCGAUGUGUCUGUGGAGUGGGUCUUUCCUGAGAGCACUGAGGUCUUGGUGUCCCCUGUCAGCAGCAGCUGCCUGUUCCCUGGUGAUCACCUGGUCAGCUACAGUGUCAUCUGUGACACCUCCCCGUACCUGUCCAACCCCAGAGCUGACAAGAGGCGGCAGUACAGCACGAUGCAUUCCCAGGAGUCGGGCAGCUCUGUUUUCUUUCACUCCCAGGAGGAGGGAGCAGGCUUGGAGAGCUGGAACCACUCCAGAGACUCAGAGGGGUCCUGCCCUGCCGAGCGCUCCCCCGACCACCUGGGCGUGGGCAGAGACCCUGGGGGAGAGUCGGACACGGACACGGGAAUGGAUGUGAAGGCUCUGUCCAGGAGACGGGCAUACAGCACCACCCACAUCUCCGAGCAUGAGCCCCGCAGGAAGGUGCCCACAGCCAGCGACCCUGGCACUGCCCUGGUGAGAAACCCGCUGAGGAAAACCCACCUGCAGGACCUGCAGCAGCUCAGCCCCGAGCCCUGGCAGGUGGAUUUGCAGCCCCUCCCGGCCAUCCCGCGCGGCUCUGCCAGCAGGAUCCGCGGCACAGGCGCCCGGCGCCCCGCCCUGCUCCAGCACAGCUGCGUGUCCUUCUGCCACGACGCCACCGCCCCGGACGGGCUGCAGGAAGCCCCGGCGAGGGGCUUGGAAGCACUCGGUGCCAUCAGGAGCCUGCACUCCUCCUCGGACAGCCGGAGCCCCGGGGAUCUGGAGUCUGCCCAGCAUCCAUCCCUCACCUUUGAGACAGAGACCUCUUCCGACUGGGAGCCCCAGGACCUGGAUAUCGGCGCUGCCUGCGGCUCCCCGCGCUCCCCCAGGGCCCUCUGCAGGGCAGUGGUGAAGGGGCUGAGGAACAACGAGCCUGUGCAGUGGGAAGUCACGUUUGAUGUCCACCCUCUGUUCCGGGAGCGGGAGAGCCAGGAGGAUGGUGACACAGACCUGUGGAGUGAGACCUUCCACCACCUGGCAGCCAAGUCACUCAUCCAGGACUUGGAGCAGCUCGCUGAGAGGGAGUGUGAAAUCGAGCAUGGGUCUGGGCGGCGGUUCCAGCUCAGCGCUGUCCACACCAGCAAGGCCUGCAACAUCAUCAGCAAGUACACAGCCUUUGUGCCUGUGGAUCUGAGCACCAGCUCCUACCUGCCCACCCUGGUCCAGUACACCCACACAGGGGCAACAUCCAAGCAAGGCAACCAGAGGAAACAGAAGAGUUCAGGAAACAGAAGGCAUCGUGGCUGUUCCCCUGGACGUCCUCAGUCAGCAUGUGGCCAGAAUGGAGACUAUGGAUUGAACAGCAUAAAUGCUGAGGAGAGGAGCCCCUCACCCUCCAGCACCCCGUCCUUGUCUGCCUGGGAGCGCUGCCGUGGCCCUGAAGGGCCUCUCCACAGCCUGUCUGCUUCCUCUGCACAAGCCCAAAAAUCCAUUGAGAGGCUCUUUGCUGCCAGGCUGACCCUCAAUAAAACCAUGCUGCUGGUUCGAGCUGCCAAAGGCUUCAUGAGUAAACCUCCAAGCAGAGGGAGCAAAGCCAGCUCUGAGGGUGACAGUGAGAGCAUGGACUACCUUCCUCUGGUGUCCCUGCAGCUGGCCUGUGGUGCCUUCCUUCUGAAUUCAGCCUUCUGCGACGCCGUCAACAUCCCCAUGGAGAAGCUGAAGUGGACAUCACCCUUCGCCUGCCACCGCCUGUCCCUCAGCCCCUCCGGCUCCUACAGCAGCAAGAGGAGCAGCUCCUCCUCGGAGCACAAACCCCUGAACUGCCCCCAGCAGCUGCUGGUCCCCAGCGGGCAGGGGAAGGGCCCCACCACUGCAGACCUGGCAGGGAGAGCACAGACAGAGCCCGAGGGGAUGCUGUGGGCCACGGCUGUGGCCCUGGCCUGGCUGGAGCACAGCUCAGCUUCCUACUUCAUCGAGUGGGAGCUGGUGGCUGCCAAAGCCAGCCUGUGGCUGAGCGGGCAGGACUUCCCGGAGGGAUCCAGCCUGGCCACGGUGAAAGCUGCAGCCCAGCAGCUCUUUGUGCUGCUCCGUCACUGGGAUGAGAACCUGGAGUUCAACCUGCUGUGCUACAACCCAGGCAGUGUGUAA